AUGGCCGCUAAUCAUCCACAAACGAAUACUAUGCAGAUAUCGACACAAAUAUCACAAAAUAUACCAAUGAGUCUGGCACGCCUUUAUCCGAAAUUCAAAAAACGAAGUACGGCAGUACCAUUGUUUAGAAUUGGUGAUAUCGUUGCAGAACGAUGGAUUAUAAGCGGACUAAUAGGCCGUGGUGGAUAUGGACAAAUAUUUUUUGCUGUGGAUAAUCGAAGGGAAGAGUUGAGAGGGGCAGCCAUUAAAACAGAAUUAAAAAUACGAAAAGGCAAAUUAGCUAGACGAAUAAUUUUAGAACAAAAAGUAUUGGUUCGAUUACAAGGACGAGCACAUGUACCACUUCUUUGGGGAAGUGGUUCCACAAACAGAGUUAAUUAUAUAAUUAUGCAAUUAUUAUCACAGAAUGUAAACGAUAUUAGAAAGCAAAGUCCAUUCAAGCGUUUUUCACGUCCAACUAUGGCUCGUAUUGUCAUACAGGGAAUAGCGGGAUUGCGGGAUAUACAUCAGAUCGGUUAUAUUCAUCGAGAUAUCAAGCCACAUAACUUGUGUUUCGGACUUUCUAAAGUGAGCAAACAUCGCUUAGUAAUAGUUGAUUAUGGAUUGGCUCGACGUUUCCGCUAUCCAAAUGGUCGAGUACGACCGCUACGACGAGAUUGUGGAUUUCGUGGUACCGUACUUUACGCAUCAUUACGGGCACAUGAAGGAAAGGAUCUUGGACCAUCAGAUGAUCUGGUAAGUUUGUUUUAUGCGGCAAUUGAAAUGGUUAUUGGUAAUGUACCUUGGAAGCAAGCAAAAAAAAGUGAAGAAGUGAAAGCAUUAAAAGAAGCAAUUCAAGGAGAUGAUUUUCAAAGUGUAACAGGGAAGGUUGGUGAAGGUUUGCGUGAAUUUGGACGUGCAGUAUAUUCAAUGGAUGCAAACGAUGAACCAAAUUAUGUGGCACUUCAGAAUAUAAUGCUGGAUUUUACGAAUCAUCGGCAACUGAGCGAUCCAUACGAUUGGGAUAAUGAUUUUGAAGAAGUAUUCCAUGAAAAUGAUAUCAGUUAA